UCACGCAACGAGGGAGGGUUCUAAAAAUAUUGACCGGAGGUUCGUAGGGAUUUAUGGCUGCCCAGAGUCCUACGGAUGGAGUUCUUCCGCCAUGGAAGAAAGGUGGGAAGGAAGGGAAAGAGAUGUCAAGAUCUGAAGACGAGAAAAAGCCCACAGCAACAAAAAUUACAGAAUCGGCAAAGCCCAUUUUAGAGGAACAAGCGCUACUCAGAGAAAGGCUGAAGAAUUUUACGACGUGGAAGAAAGAUAAAGACUUGAGUUUGAAGAGGAAAACACAACCCAUGGUGGCCAGGCCUCCUUCACCAGGGACGUCAGCCAAUACUAGUGCCAGGCCCCAAGUAGCUCAGUUUGGAACAGUUCCAGUGAAGGUGCCAUCCCCUCCAACACGUCGACGCACCCCUGGUAAUUCCCCUUCUAACUCUUUAUCAUUCUCCUUUCCGCGGAGUUCAUCACCAGUCUAUGAUGCACCUAACGAAGUCAAGCGCAAGGUUGAAAAAGCAAUGAGAGCAAGACUCUACCUUUUGCAGCAGACUGGACCCAACUCAUUUUUGAUUGGUGGAGAUUCACCUGAUCAUAAAUUCCGUGUAAUGAUUGGACCACAGAGUUGUACAUGUACAAGGCCACAUUGUGUACAUCUUCUUUUUGUGAUGCUUAGAGUCUUCAAACUCAAAGAAAAUGAUCCUCUGUUAUGGACUCAAAAGUUAAAGAACUUUGAGGUGGAGAAGUUGCUCUCUAAGUUCCAUGCUAGGGUGAAGUCACGUUUACAAAAAGACAUGAAUGCACAGAAAACGUCUCGAGCCAAGGGACAGAGGAAUACACCACCAUCGACACCAUGUACAAACAAUCUGGGAGGGUUACCCCAUGUACGUGAAGAUGAAGAAGUGUGUCCCAUUUGUUUGUUGGAAAUGGUGGAAGGUGAAAGUUUAACAAGUUGUCAAGAUGGUUGCCAUAACAGACUUCAUCAGCAUUGCAUGGAAAUAUGGGCUGCUGAAUGCAAGAGACAACGUGAAGCUUUGUUCUGUCCGCUGUGUCGCAAGAUUUGGUCAUCACCUUCAAAUAUCUGUAGCCCUAAAAGAUCUCCAGAUCACAGUAUACGAACUGAACUUCCCAGUGUUCCAGCACCCUUAGACCCAGAGGAGAUCACUCUCCCACACUCAAACCCAGUACCGGCAGCACAGGUGGAACUAGCAAAACCAUGGAUUGAGGCAUUUGGAGAAAAUCUUGUGUGCUGUUUAUUCUCCCGUGAAUGGAAUGUGAGAGAAACAGCUCUUCGCCGUCUAAGUAAGGACAUAAAUGCAAUAUUUAUAGAAGGAAGCAGCUCACAAAACAUGGCUGCCUUUGAAGCCUGUUGCUCUCUGUUGUCUAUGAUGUGUGGGGACCCUGUGUACCGAGUCUAUGUGGCUGCACUGAGAACUCUUCGAGUAUUGGUGAUGCAUAUGUCGUACUCAAACCAACAAGAGAAACAUCAUCUUCAGAAAUGUUUGUUUAAUGUGAUUGAAGCUGUUUUAGCCAAGUGUGCUGACUCCAACAGGCGGAUUAGCGCUUUGUCGAUCCAAGUUCUUUUGGAACUCUGUAAGGAUGAAAACGGAGAUCUGGCGCUUGGCAAGAUGCUCGGUGCAGAACGUGAGCCGCAGCCAUUGGGAGGCUUAAACUUCAUUUUAUCCUGUAUACUAAGGACUGCAGUUGAAUAUUCAACGUGGCCUUGGUGGCUUGGGCGGCUCUUGUUUUUGCGGAAAUUAAUGGAGGAAUAUGUCACAGAGUUUGAGCUUACAGAUGAUUGUGUUGCUGUUCAAAUGGACACAGUUGGUGUUCUUGUACAGGGCAGAGGGAACAAUGCCAGUGAAGAUCCGAGUGAAAUUUAUCAAAGCAAUGUCCGUCGGUUGAUGUCGGUGUUGAAGUUUACCAUGCAAGCUGCCAACUGUUCACAUAGCAAGGUCAGCAAACUGGCCAUUGCUGUUCUUAUGUUUUGUAUGUCGUUAUCUUCUUGUGUACCUUCAGCUCAACAACAUAUCAAGAAAGUGGUUUCCAAACUGAAGCCUUCUCAACGCAGUUCGCUCAACCGUCAGUUUCAAGCAAUACCAAGGGCUGGCGUGACUACAGUGAAUCGCAGUGACUCUGUUUUUACUCGUGAAUCUCAAACAAACAUGGAUCCACCAUCUUCUACCUCUAGUAACCGCGACUCAGCCAUUGGAAGCUUGCCUUCAGCAAUGUCCGAUGACGAGACAGAUAAUUUUUCAGAGUCAGAGCUUCUUCAAGCUAUUGUAGACAACUUUGAGAGGCCACAGUCCUUGUGUUUAUCACCUUCAUGUACCUUUUCCCCCAGUGAAGAAGUUGAUCUUAAUUGGUCCAGAUCUCUGGAGGACUCCCCAAGGAUGCCUCCAGUAAAGUUGGCUGUUGGUAAGAAGUGCCAGGAGAUCAUCGAGCAGGAGGAAGCAGAAGCUAUUGCUAAAGCCAUGGCCGUCUCCUCUCUUGACUCUGGGCCGUCAAGGAUACCAAGCUUGGAUUCUGGUGACGAGAUGGUCAUUAUCUUUACUCAGCCAGAGUACUUUCUUNUGGAAGGAGUUCAUUGGAAGAAAGGAGAACUGUUAGGGACUGGGGCCUACUCAUCUUGUUAUGCUGUCAGAGAUCUUAUGAGUGGGUCCCUUAUGGCUGUCAAACAGGUUUCCUUUUGCCGCAAUUCAGUGGAGGAACAGACCAAGGUCACACAGACCAUUGAAGAUGAGAUCUCUCUGUUGGGACGACUGCAGCACCCACACCUCAUAAAAUGCCUUGGUGCAACGAAACACGCUGGUCACUUCAACAUCUUCCUGGAGUGGAUGGCUGGUAAGAUCUAUUAUCUGAUUUUCAUUUUGCCCCGCGAACAAUCUCUUGUCGUGUCUCAUGAACUGUUAUGAUUUAUUUUCGGUGACACAGGGGCAAACAUCUUGGUGGAUUCAACAGGCAAGAAUAUAAGAAUAGCAGACUUUGGUGCUGCGGCGAGAUUAGCAACACAGUUAACAGGCGCUGGCGAAUUUCAAGGCCAGUUGCUUGGAACGGUUGCAUUUAUGGCUCCUGAGGUCCUCCGUGGAGAGAGCUAUGGACGAAGCUGUGAUGUGUGGAGUGUAGGAUGUGUCAUUAUAGAAAUGGUCACUGGAAAACCACCAUGGAACGCCCAUGAACAUUCCAACCACUUGGCACUUAUCUUCAAG